AUGCCUGCUACGGUCGUCAAGAAACCUGCAGCAAAGAAGCUGCCGGCUGUGCCGGAAUCAAAGCUGAAAUUCAGCAAGAAACAAAUCAGCAAACGUGCCGCUGAGUCAAAGCGUCGUCUCAAGCGAGCCGCUGUGAUUGCGCUGCGCAAGAAGGAAAAUCUGGUCCGUGCCGAAAAGUACCAGAAUGAGUACAUCAAAUCUGACCAGCGUGAGAUUAAGCUGCGUCGCCUGGCCAAGAAGCGCAACCAGUUUUAUGUGCCCGCAGAGGCCAAGCUGGCAUUUGUCGUGCGUAUCCGUGGUAUCAACAAGGUUGCCCCCAAGGUUCGCAAAGUUUUGCAGCUGUUCCGAUUGCGCCAAAUCAACAAUGGUGUCUUCAUCAAGUUGAACAAGGCUACCAUCAACAUGCUGCGUAUUGCCGAGCCCUACAUCACCUGGGGCUACCCCAACCUGAAGUCGGUGCGCGAGCUUAUUUACAAGCGCGGCUAUGUCAAGCACAGCCGUCAGCGUGUCCCCAUCACUGACAACUUUGUGAUUGAGCGCAAACUGCGCCAGGCUCACAAUAUUCAGUGCGUUGAGGAUUUGGUCCAUGAGAUUUUCACCGUUGGACCCAAUUUCAAGUACGCCUCCAACUUCCUGUGGCCGUUUAAGCUGAACACCCCCACCGGUGGCUGGCGCAAGAAGGCCAAUCACUACGUUAACGGAGGUGAUUUCGGCAACCGUGAAGACCACAUCAACCGACUGUUGCGCAAAAUGGUCUAAGCUUCAGUUUAAACAACAAAAGCUUGGAGUAGAACGGGCAUGUAAACAGUGAACGAAAAAUAAAACAUAAUUUUAUAAAUUACAAAAUGCCCUUCAAUACAAAAA